ACAAAGGCAGCUUGGGAGAAAAGAAGUCUAGACGUGUCCACCCAGUUUCAGACGAAUCCAUAAAGAAAGCCUGUGGUCUCCAGCUGCAAUUGUUUUACAUCGCACUUGCAUACAUUUGCUGCUCUACUCUCUUACUCUCGAGUUGUCGCUAUUCUUCGUGCAACCGCCGAGCCGUCUCUGAACGUGGCUCCUCGUGUACUCUGUUGUAGUCCGCCUUCUACGUGAUGAGAGUGCGUCUGGUCUGAUUACUCUACGUUUUCUUUUUCCUUUCUUUUUUCCUUCUUAUUCUUCUUCUUCUUUUUCCUUCUUCUUUUUUUUUGGAUCUAUUUCGUCACAAAGCAUGAGAGAUGUCAAGGUCUGAGACGCCUGCGCUACCUCUGCAUAAUGCCCAAACCCCCGUUCCAAGACCCUCGUCCACAACGCCCGCGAAUUCACGGUCAGCGUCGACAUCUGCACUGUCUACUUCGACAUACUCCUUACUGAACCCCCAAGAAACCGCCGAGCGUUUACAGACAUCACUACUCCACGGAUUGACUCCCGCCGAAGCAGAAGCACGACUGCUGCGCAAUGGCCCCAAUGAGCUUCCACACGAGGAACCGGAGCCGCUCUGGCUCCGGUUUCUCAAGCAAUUCAAGGAGACCCUGAUCCUGCUGCUGCUCGCCUCCGCAGCGAUUUCGUUUUUCAUGGGCAAUUACGACGACGCCAUCAGCAUUACACUCGCCGUGACCAUUGUCGUUUCGGUUGGCUUUGUGCAGGAGUAUCGCUCAGAAAAGUCGCUGGAGGCAUUGAAUCGUCUGGUCCCCCACUAUGCACAUCUGAUCCGCGACGUGCCUUCUGGGGACGUGUAUGAAGCCGUCAAUUCGCUAGCCAUGGAUAGCACGGCGGACGUGGAGUUGCGUGAACUCAGGAGCAAGAGUCCCAGUUCUGCGGUCAAGGCCUCUAGUACGGUUCCGGCAUCUCAGCUUGUUGCGGGAGAUUUGGUUCUGUUUACGACGGGUGACCGCAUACCGGCAGAUAUCCGGAUCACUGCCGCCACUGACUUGAGCAUCGAUGAAUCAAACCUGACUGGAGAGAACGAACCGGUGAUCAAAUACGCAGAGGCGCUGCGUAGUCUCAAUGGUUUAUCGGCUCACACACCUCAUACCCCCAAGUUCGUCUCGCCUCCGCGAUCGCCGUUUUACGAUGCACCGGCCAGCGGUGCCGUUGGAGCUGAUAUUCGAUUGAACGAACAACACAACAUCGCAUUCAUGGGCACUCUGGUGCGGUCCGGAUAUGGACAAGGUAUCGUCAUUGCUACUGGUGCAAAGACGGAGUUUGGAAGCAUCUCCGCCUCUCUGCAGGAGAUUGAAAGCCCUCGGACUCCGCUUCAGCUGUCUAUGGAUCGACUUGGUCAGGAAUUGAGCUACGUAUCAUUCGGUGUUAUUGCAUUAAUUGUCUUUAUUGGGCUAUUGCAAGGCCGGAAGCUUCUUGAAAUGUUCACCAUUGGUGUGUCGCUCGCUGUCGCCGCCAUUCCAGAAGGAUUACCGAUCAUCGUCACGGUCACUCUGGCAUUGGGCGUGCUGCGUAUGGCUAACAGAGGCGCAAUCAUGCGCCGACUGCCGAGUGUUGAGACUUUGGGCUCGGUGAAUGUUGUCUGUAGCGACAAAACGGGCACGCUCACCAUGAACCAUAUGACCGUGACCAAGAUGUGGCACUUUGACUGCCCGGAGCCGUUUGAGGUGCAUAAAGACAUAUCCUCUCUGACCCCCGGCCCAGCGGCUCGGACCGUCCUCCGCGUGGGUAAUAUCGCUAACAACGCUCGACUCUCCCGUGUUCAUGCCAACUCGCCCGCCAGUGCCUCGUCCGCUGCUGUGCUUUCCUCGACGGUCGACAGCUCUUCCGGUGCUGCGAAAAGUCGCUGGGUAGGCCAGCCUACGGAUGUAGCCAUCUUGGAUCUCCUAGAUACAUUCGGUGAGGAUGAUGUGCGUGAUCGGAUCAGCGCCCGGGUCUCGGAAACUCCCUUUAGCUCGGAACGCAAAUGGAUGGGCGUAAUUAUCGGCAGUGGGACCCCCGGCGAUCCUUCCUCUUAUAGUGCGCCGGGAGGAACGGAUGUCGCAUACAUCAAGGGUGCUCUUGAACAGGUGCUUCUACGAUGCGAUACCUACCUGACGAAGGACGGCCGCGAGGUUAUCCUCGACGAGCCUCGCCGCAAGAUAGUCCGACAUGCCGCUGAACAGAUGGCAGCAGAGGGGCUGAGGGUUCUUGCGUUUGCGAGCGGCGCGGUACGGGAUGUUUCCAGGGGCCGGUAUGGCAGCCGAUCAGGGACGCCUGUUCAAAAGGCAGGUGCGUCCAGUGACGAUGAUCGGUAUACCGGUUUAGUGUUUGCAGGAUUGGUUGGUAUGAACGACCCGCCUCGCAAGGACGUUCACAAAUCUAUUCGACGUCUCAUGGCCGGAGGUGUUCAUGUUAUCAUGAUUACCGGCGAUGCGGAGACCACGGCAGUUGCCAUCGCGAAGAAACUCGGUAUGCCGGUCAAUGACUCGCCGGGCUCCAAGUCUGUCCUUCGAGGCAGUGAGAUCGAUCAUAUGACGGCCGAGGAGCUUGGCCAAGCCAUUUCGACGACAUCGAUUUUUGCUCGCACCAGCCCGGAUCACAAACUGAAGAUCGUUCGGGCCCUUCAAUCGCGAGGAGAUGUCGUGGCCAUGACAGGCGACGGAGUGAACGACGCCCCAGCCCUGAAAAAGGCCGACAUUGGCAUUUCUAUGGGCAAGCUGGGUACAGACGUGGCCAAGGAAGCUGCGGACAUGAUCUUGACGGACGACGACUUUUCCACGAUCUUGCGGGCCAUUGAACAGGGCAAGGGCAUUUUCUAUAACAUCCAGAACUUUAUCACGUUCCAGCUGAGCACGAGCGUUGCCGCGUUGAGUCUGGUCUUGCUAAGCACAACGUUGGGUUUCAAGAAUCCCCUGAAUGCGAUGCAAAUCCUCUGGAUCAACAUCCUCAUGGACGGCCCUCCGGCACAGUCCCUGGGUGUUGAACCCGUGGACCCAUCGAUCAUGAACCGACCACCACGACCCAAGCAUGCGCGUGUGCUGACGAGACCUCUGAUCCAGCGAGUGCUGACCUCCGCCUUUGUUAUUAUGCUCGGCACGCUGGCGAUCUACAUCUACGAGAUGGGAGAUGAGGACGACGUGCUCAACCCGGGCAAGCGGCAGCGGGUGGUGACGGCGCACGACACGACGAUGACGUUCACCUGCUUUGUGCUGUUCGACAUGUUCAACGCGCUCUCAUGCCGCAGCGAAGGCAAGUCGGUGCUCCGCGGCGAGCUUGACCUAUUCGGCAACAAGAUGUUCAACUACGCUGUUCUGGGCUCGCUCGCGGGCCAGGCGUGCGUGAUCUACGUCCCCUUCCUGCAGCGGGUUUUCCAGACCGAGGCGCUCGGUCUGGGCCAUCUAUUCAAGCUGGUCUGUCUGUCCAGCUCGGUCUUCUGGGUCGACGAGGCCCGCAAGUACUAUCGAGCUCUCCAACGGCGGAGAUCCGUGGGGGCAGGCUACAGCACAAAUGUGUGAUCACCUUACCUGUGCAGCCCCUUGCGAGCUUCUGUUUAUAUGGAGUGUUCUUCUUCUUUUUUCUUUUUUUCUUUCUCUUCUAUUCAACUUUCCUUCCUGGUAAUUAAAUGCAAUGUACAGCGGUUCAUGUAAUAGGCGGGACCAUUUGUCCCGAAGAAGUGAUGACUUAUAUUGAUCAUUAUAAUGGCUGGAGGCGGUCUUGCAUGGGAGGGAAAUCUCUCUGGUUAAUGUACCUAGCAGUUGAUACAUACUAAUAGACAUUCGCAUGAUGGACUUGUAUAGAGCCUUGGACAUAU